AAGCAGACUCUCCUAUCCAUAGCAACUGACAAAAAAAGUUUAUUUGACUAUUUACAGGCGUAAGUCUCCGCGGCUAAUUUAUUAAUGGGGCAAAAGAGCGUCCUUGUUUUCGAGUAAUCGAUUUCAGAAGCAAAUAUACGCAUUCCAUGUAGUUUUCGUGGAAUUAAUUUAGAAUAUUAAUAGUUAGCCGUGUGUAGCUAUUGUUAAAGGAAGUAAAUUCCCACAGUCCUGCACAGAUUCAAGUCUCAAAACUGGAGUAGCGUGCGGCUUUCUGCUGGCUAUACUGCAGCGCGCGCUCCGUGGAUUGUUGCUCGUGGUUUUGCAGAUUGUCACAUCUAGGCGGCGACACAGAGUCCAUCCUCGGAAAAAAACAACAUUUCACCUCCUUUUCCUUUUACCCAAAAUGCUCGAGUACGUUUCAGUGACCAUGUCGCGCGUUUGCUGUCAUGAAAUAAUACAAAAAAUAGGCACGAAAAGAGGGGGGACGGGGACUUCUCGCGGAAUAUAAGGAUAUACAGCUAAAACCAUGGCUGUAACAGAAGAAGGAGAUGUGUUGCACAGUAAAAUCAGGCAGUACGAUGGGAUUGGCAGUGCAAACAGCUCAGAAACCUUCAGAAACGGCUAUGUGAAAAGCUGCGUCACCCCUUUAAAACAAGACCACCAAGGGGGCUUCUUAUUUAACAUUUGUAGGUUUUGCAGUGUGGAUUUAAUAGGUUUGAGACGAUUUCGGGCUUCGGCUCUUUACGUCGGCGCGUUCGCAGUUUUUGCCGUUUCUCUGCUGAUCUCCAGGAGCCUGCCAAGUGGACUUAGCUUUUUGGAUCUGCGGACACUGCUGGGCUUUUCACAAUCCAUCAGCCCCCUGUUCAGCAUAGGCUGUGCGUUCUUCUUUUUAACGUUUUACCUGCGGAGGAAUAAGAGGGAAAGUUACUGGUGCUGGCUGUUGUCGCUGCCAGCGUCGUGCUACUUGGGGGACUUCUUCGUCUUGCUGUUUUUGCAAUGGGGGGAAGACCAUCACCAGAUGCAGAUGGUGGGCAGACUGCUGUUUGUCCUGGGCUGCGUGGGCUUGCUGACAUUGGUCCCCACUUUGAAACUCAGACACAGUGUUGUGAUCCUGGUUUUCGCCAGUUUGGUGUGGCUGGUUUCCUUCACGAGCCUUGGCUGUCUGCCCCCGUACGCGAGACCCCUUUUGGCUUGCGUGGCGGGGGUAUCGGGCUGCCUCACGGGGCUCUGUUUCCAUAAUUAUUACCCCGCAAGGGACACGCCGCACAGGAUCCCUAACGCCGAGGAAAAGGUCCCUGUAAUUAGACCUAGGAGAAGGUCCAGUUGUGUGUCUUUGGGAGAAACGUCAACCAGUUAUUAUGGCAGUUGUAAACUGCCCCGGAGACCCUCCCUACCAUGCAUUUCCAGAGAACAGAUGAUUCUCUGGGACUGGGAUCUGAAGCAGUGGUACAAACCACAAUAUCAGGUCAGGUGCAGUCCAGGACGGGUGGACCUGUCGGUGGUGAACGAGGCGCGCACGCUGGUGUCGGAGCUGCUGGCGGACUCCUCCCUGGCCCCCCAGGUGACCUCCUCGCUGCGCAGCAUCAGCAGCCUGAUGGGGGCGUUUUCGGGGUCCUGCCGCCCCCGCGUCAACCCCUUCACCCCUUUCCCCGGCUUCUACCCCUGCACUGAGUCCGAGGACCCCGCGGAGAGGGGGGAGAGGAGGCCCCACAAGGGUAUGAACAGCAGUAGGAGCAGCCUGCCGACCCCCCAGCUAAGACGCAGCUCCGCCACCUCCACCCUCCCCCCCCUGGAGCUGGUGUCCUCCCGCUGGGAACGCAACAACGGGAAGAGACCGUACCCAGACCUCACCACUACCAGCCAAGGGCCUCCACCCAAUGGACCCAACACCAACCUGCUGACCAUUCCCAAGCAGAGGUCAUCAUCUGUGACCCUGACCUAUCACAUGGUGCCCAGGAGAGCAGGUGCCCCCCCCGGCCUGAGCCCGCUGAGCUCGCCCACCCACAGCUCCCCCGGCGCGGGCGCCAUGGCGACGGCGCGUUCCCCCGUGGAAUUCCCGGACACGGCGGACUUCCUCCGGAAGCCCAGCGUCAGCCUGCACAGGCCCGCGGGGUGCGCCCUCAGCGCCCCCGAUUUCCAGCCGCAGCUGCGCGCCCCCAGCGUCCCCGCCUGCAGCAGCUGUGGACGUCUGAUGCUGAAGAGUGUUCCAGGUGCUGACACAGGUGAGGCACAGCUGCUGCCAUAUACAGAGUUACAGCACAGGUACACAGGUGAGGGAGCAGAGUGUGUGGCCGAAGCUGCAGCCCUGGAGGACCACGCCCAGGAGGCACAGACACAGGGAGAGGCGUGUCCUGACUCAGGCGGGAGGGGGCCAGGGGACCCCGAAACACAGACCAGCCAAGAACAGAAGGGCUCGGAGAGAGAGAGCGGGCAGGACUUCACACUGGACCCCCAGCUGGAGGAGCACCAGGCCCUCAUGGAGAAGAUGGACACCUGGAACUUCCAGAUCUUCGACCUCGUGGACCAGACAGGCGGAAAGACAGGGAGGAUCCUCAGCUACGUGACCUACACGCUGUUCCAGGACAUGGGCCUGUUCCAGCUCUUCAAGAUCCCAGUGCGGGAGUUCAUGGCCUUCUUCUGUGCCCUGGAGAGUGGCUAUCGGGACAUUCCCUAUCAUAACCGGGUGCACGCCACGGACGUCCUCCACGCCGUCUGGUACCUGACCACGCGGCCAAUCCCCGGGUUCCAGCAGAUCCACAGCGAACACACGACAGGAAGUGACACAGACUCGGACAGCGGGAUUUCUCCGGGACGGGUGGCGUACUCGUCCUCUAAGACCUGCUCCAUCAUGGACGACAGCUACGGCUGCCUGGCCUGGAACGUCCCGGCCCUGGAGCUCAUGGCGCUGUUCGUAGCAGCCGCCAUGCACGACUACGACCACCCCGGCCGCACCAACGCUUUCCUGGUCGCCACGAACGCUCCUCAGGCGGUGCUGUACAAUGACCGCUCGGUUCUGGAGAACCACCACGCGGCCUCAGCCUGGAACCUGUACCUGUCCCGGCCCGAAUUCGGCUUCCUCAACAACCUGGACCACGUGGAGUUCAAACGCUUUCGCUUCCUGGUCAUCGAGGCCAUCCUCGCCACCGACCUGAAGAAGCAUUUCGACUUCUUGGCCGAGUUCAACUCCAAGGUCAACGAUGUAAACAGUCCUGGCAUCGACUGGACCAAUGAGAACGACCGGCUGCUGGUGUGCCAAGUGUGCAUUAAGCUGGCGGACAUCAACGGGCCCGCCAAGGCGCGGGAACUUCACCUCAAGUGGACGGAGGGCAUCGUCAACGAAUUUUACGAGCAGGGCGACGAGGAGGCCAGUCUGGGAUUACCCAUCAGCCCCUUCAUGGAUCGCUCGUCCCCCCAGCUGGCCCGGCUGCAGGAGUCCUUCAUCACGCACAUCGUCGGCCCCCUCUGCAACUCGUACGACGCCGCCGGGCUGUUGCCGGGGCACUGGAUCGACGACGCGCGCUCCGAAGAUGACGAGGAGGAGGAGGAGGAAGAGGUGGACGGAGAGGAAGAGGAGAUUGAAACCGAGGAUGACGAGCUGGAGGAGGGGAUCCAACCAAAAAGGGGAAACCGCAGACGGCUGUUCUGCAACAUCAUGCAGCACCUGACCGAGAACCACAAGGUGUGGAAGAAGACCAUCGAGGAAGAGGAGAAGAGCAAAGAGGCGAACAAGCCGCAGCAGAGCCAGGCGCCGGCCGAGAGCCCCGCCCUGGCCGCGCCCUCCGACGACAUCCAGGUCAUCCAGGAGGAGGCCGAGGAGGAGGAGCAGCAGCAGCGUCCGUAGCGGGAGGAAGAGGAAGGGGCCGUGGCAGGAAGAUGGGCUUGGACACGGGCGGGGCGGGAUCUGACGAACGGGGGUGGGCAGGGGGAUGGCAAGGGAAACCCCCCCCCCCCCCCCCCCGUGCCCCCACAGCCCUGAACUGAAUCCCCACUCUCCUCACACGCGCACGUGCUGGGACGCCCCGCCCCGCCCCACACUAUGACUCCUCACUGUGCCGACCCCCCCACGCCCCACGCCCCACGCCCCCCACCCCACCCCCACCCCCACCCCCGCGUCUCCCGGUAAAAUAAAGGCCUUAUUACUGUGAGAAGACUCCCAUGCACUUUGACCCAAUGGAAGAAGGGAAGGAGAGAGCGGAGGAAAAAAAAAGGAGAGUACAGUAUACUGCAGAGGGGAGGAAGGGGUGGGCUCUCCCCGGUUUAGCGCCCCCUAGCUGCGACGCUGCCUUCAUGGAAGCAAAUGCCCGCUGAACUUUUCUGUGAGGUACUAUGAACGAUGAAAAAAAAAAAACUUUAUUUAUACAAAUAAUUAACCCCUUUGGAGAAAAAAAAAAAAAGACAGCAACACAGAAUGGAUUGUCACCAGACUUUAACCAAAGUGAACAGUUUUCAGACGUUGAAAGAUGAAGGUGUUUCUGGAGCUCGCUCAGGCUCAGUGUAGCAAAUAAAAAACUGAAAUAUAGGAGCAUAUAGAUUUCAAAGGUGCCUGUCUGACCACUGUACUGAGCUCUGGAGUCUGGCCUGUAUUGGCUGUGUUUCUGUCCCACCCCCCUGUGCCGUCCCGUCCCCCCCCCUAUCCCCAAUCCCUCACCCCCCCUGACCCCGCUGGGGACACUAAACACUGUAUCCUGGACUGUCCUUGGACGGUGCGCAAGUGCUGUGGUUGUACACUGAAAGGAGACGAUUCGCCGAUUCGUCCUUUUCCCACAAUGCCUAUCACUCGUUCGUACGUCCGGACCUGUUCGUUUCGUUUGGGGUUUCUCUCUCUCUCUCUCUCUCUCUGCGUGAUUUGUCUUUCUUUCUUUCAGGAACGCACAGCGGCCAAUUUAACUAAAGUUACUCCGUUAAAAAAGAAAAGAAAAAAAAGAAAAAACAGCCCGUUGUUGUGUACCACAAAGCAUAAAGAACAGGAAAACUGUUCCAACAAAGGGAUGUUGUUCCUUUUUUAAUUUUGAUAUAUAUAUUUUUUCACUGUUACUCAGGAUUCACAUUUAGAUUUAUAGUUUUUUUUGUGUUUUUUUUUUUUUUUUUUUUUGCAAGAGUUCAGCUCAUGAUGAAGUCAUAAUGAUUUCAGACACUCUUGUAAGUAAAAGAAAUCUAUAUAUCAGUGAUUGGAACCGUUUUUACUCCUUGUACGAACAAUGCGUUUUAGCAAUUAAAAGACACCUCUGCGAUCGAGUCGGACCUGUAGUGGGUUUCAUGUGAUUGGGUCAUGUGAUUGGGUCAUGUGAUUAGGCCCACGUUACGCACCUUCUGCACACCUGUGUUCAGGAUGCUGUCGAACUGCCUACGGAUUGGACAGGCAGAAAUGCCACUCAAGGUGUAGUGUCUGAAGAGGCAGCAACUCACGUGUUGAAUAAACAAGAUGACUCAAAUGCAAAA